AGAAGAUGAGAAACAUCAUGAUGUCAAAAUGGGAGAAAAAAGUUUGAAGAGAGCCAAAAAUUCUUGCCCUCAGUGUGGAAAGAGAUUCAAAUAUAAAUCAAGUCUUAAACUUCACAUGACAGUUCAUAGUGGAGAGAAGCCACACACAUGUGAUCAGUGCGGGAAGAGUUUCAGACUAAAAGGAACCCUUAAAGAACACAUGAAGAUCCACACUGGCGAGAAACCACACACAUGUGAUCAGUGUGGGAAGAGUUUUGCACAUAAAAAUCACUUUAAAGUACACUUAAGAAUCCACACUGGAGAGAAGCCGUACACAUGUGAUCAGUGUGGGAAGAGUUUCACACGAAAAGAAACCCUUAAUGGACACAUGAAGAUCCACACUGGAGAGAAACCACACACAUGUGAUCAGUGUGGGAAGAGUUUUAAACGUGCAUUGAGUCUUAAAUCACAUCUACGUUUUCAUUCUGGAGACAGAUCGUUUUACUGUGAUCAAUGUGGGAAAACUUAUUUUUCAGAACCAUCCCUGAAGAGCCACCUGAAAGUUCACACAAAGGAAAAGCCUCACAUGUGUUAUUUGUGUGGGAAGAGUUUUAGUCAGCUGAGUGCUUUAAAAUUACACCAGAAAAUACACAGUGGUGUGAAGAAUCACAUGUGAUUUGAUUGUGGGACAAGUGUGACAAGAGAUUCAGUCAGUCAGGAAACCUGAAAAAAACAUCAUAGGAUCCACACUGGAGAGAAGCCGUGCAUGUGAUCAGUGCGGGAAGAGUUUCACAUGAAAAGAAGCCCUUAAUGAUCACAUUAGGCCAUGAGUACAUGGGGAUCAACAGUCAGUGAUCAAUUGUUAAAACACUGAGAACACUUGUAAAUUCCUUAUGCUUUUAGCUGCCUGUGUAAUAUACUCAUAAUUUUCAUGGAAACAAUGUUUUU